GCCCGCCCUCUCCUGCUCACCGCAGCACCAGCAAACAAACACCCUCGCACACGCUCUGGAACCCGCCGGAACACUCCUUUGCAACAGCUUAUCUAUCUCCGAGGCGCGGACCAUCUCCGCCCAUACCGAAAUGGCAAUGGCUUUCCCAACCUCGGAUGAGUGGACAAUGGGCCCCUUCGACAGCCCCUUCGACAUGUACGCCGACAAGCAUUCCUCCCUCCUCGUCAACGGCCAAUUCACGCCCCAAUACACCCCGCACUCGGACCACCAGAGCCCUGGCCACCAUUCUGACCGAUCCGACUCGCUACCGCUGGAGCAGAUGAGCGGGUACUGGGACAUCCCCGGAAGCCGCCACGAUUCCAUGGGAACUAUGGAUCCCUCAACCUGCCAAGCUUCACCAGAGCGCAUACCCACCCAGGACAAAACCCCGUCAACAUCUGCCGCACUUCCCUCUGCUCCAGCACACAGCAGCCAGCAAGACACGAAGCCCGCGACACGGCCUCGCAAGCGCGCAGCCACCGUCAAGACAGAAAGCACAGCACCCACCCUUCGACGCGACCGCAAACAGUCCUCCCGGAUCGAGAUUGACGGCGAAGAAACACCCGCCAACGACAACUUCCCAGCAGUGCCCUCCCGCUCCCUCUCCACCGUCUUCCAGGCCAUAGAUUCCGCUGCCCAGUCUCCACCCAGCUUAAGGCGCAAAGGAAGCAAAGGCAAGCGCUCCAAAGGGCCGCAGUCUCAGGAAAUAAAGCUCGAGAUGAACCGCCUCGCUGCGCAGAAGUGCCGCGAGAAGAAGAAGAGGCAGCACCAGACCUUGCAGACCACCUUCGAGGCGCUUGCGACCGAGCAGCGCGAUCUGGACAACACCACCCGGAGCCUGCAGAACUACAUCAUCAACCUGAAGAACGAGAUCCUGAGACAUGCAAACUGCGGAGAUCCGAAUGUGGACAAUUACCUCAGGUAUGCGGCGGGCGCGCUGCAGUUCAACAAUAUGCCGGCGGCCCAACAAAUGCAUCCACACAUGGGCCAGCCGAACGGACAGCUCAAUAUGCAGAUUGAUCAGCAAAUGGAUGACCCAAUGAAGACUGAGGCGCAGGAGUGGAACGAGGACGACUUCAGAGGCCUCUUGCAGGACAACAUGGCUGGCCCUGAGUUCGACAAUUCGCUCUCCGCCGAGAGCACUCCACACGCAAAUGGAUCACCGAGUUUUAUGGGAUCUUGAGAUCGAACCAGCAAACCUCCCUUCGAUUCGACUUUCGUCCCCAAUAUUCCAACACUGGCCCUCUGCGCGAAUGAUCCGUAACGACUCCACCAAUACCCUCAAUGAACUCGCUG